GUUAUUGUCACCUUUUGAAUCCUUUAUAAGACAGAGUGGCAAGCCAGAGCCAACAUUACUAUUUUGCCUGGUAUCUCCUCAGCUAUUUUUCCUUUACCUAGCUGAGAAAACUCUAAAGGUUUAAAAUGAGCCUUACAGACAUUCUAAGCCCUUCUGACAUCGCUGCUGCUCUGCGGGACUGCCAAGCUCCAGAUUCCUUUAGUCCCAAAAAAUUCUUUCAGAUCAGUGGGAUGUCUAAAAAGACAAGCAGCCAGCUCAAGGAGAUCUUCCGGAUCCUCGACAAUGACCAAAGCGGCUUUAUUGAGGAAGAUGAGCUCAAGUAUUUCCUUCAGAGGUUUGAGUGUGGAGCCAGAGUGUUAACUGCCUCAGAAACCAAGACCUUCCUGGCAGCUGCAGACCAUGAUGGGGACGGUAAAAUCGGGGCUGAAGAAUUCCAGGAAAUGGUGCAGGCUUAGAGGUUCAAAAGGACCAAACCAGAGAGAAUUGGGAUGAAUCUGCAGGAGACACUCCCAGACCUUGAAAAUCAGGAGUCCCUUAUUUAUCUUGACAGUGUCUGUUAUUUUU